GAGAUUACAUGUUGUGUGUGUUUAGAAGGAAGCUUCGUUUCCUUUUCUCAGGACUUAGAUGGGUCAUGAGGAAAAGGGUAAAGGCUAGAGUUAUUGUCAUGAGGCUAAGGAAAGCAAAGUGGAAAGCUCAAAGAACAGAGAGCCUUGAAACAGAAGUUUCUUCAAACCAUCUGAACUCAAACUCCAGAAGACAUAUUCGUGUUGCAACUUUUAACGUGGCAAUGUUCUCACUUGCACCCGUCGUGCAAAACAUGGAGGAAACAACUUUGCUUGAUCAUAUAGAUGGCAACAAUAUUAUAAGUCAAUCCCCAAAAGGAAUUCUGAAGCUGUCUCCGUUACAUUCUUCUGCAGUCAAGAAGCCAAAGGUUUGUAUUAAUCUCCCAGACAACGAAAUAUCUUUAGCACAGAGUUACAGCUUUCUAAGCAAUGUGGAGGAAGAGAAAAAUGAUGAUGACGGGAAGGAAAACAGAGGAAGUAUCUCGAUGAGGUCUCCUGUGUGUCUUCCCUCUUGUUGGUGGGAUCAAGAAAGCUUUAAUGGAUACAACAGCAGAAGAAGUAUAGCUGAGUUGCUAGGAGAGUUGGAUGCAGACAUCUUGGCUUUGCAAGAUGUAAAAGCAGAGGAAGAGAAACUAAUGAAGCCGUUGUCAGAUUUGGCUUCUGCUUUAGGUAUGAAGUAUGUGUUUGCAGAUAGCUGGGCGCCUGAGUAUGGCAAUGCCAUACUGUCAAAAUGGCCCAUUAAGAAAUGGAGAGUUCAAAGAAUCGCUGAUGCAGAUGAUUUCAGGAAUGUGUUGAAGGUGACAAUAGAGGUCCCAUGGGCUGGAGAAGUAAACGUGUAUUGUACUCAACUAGACCAUCUAGAUGAGAACUGGCGGAUGAAGCAGAUAGAUGCAAUUACUCGAGGGGACGAAUCUCCACACAUCUUGUUGGGAGGCUUGAAUGCUCUUGAUGGCUCUGAUUAUUCCACAGCAAGAUGGAACCACAUUGUAAAGUAUUAUGAGGAUACUGGAAAGCCAACACCUAGAGUUGAAGUGAUGAGAUGUCUCAAGGGAAAAGGAUAUUCAGAUUCAAAAGAAUCAGCAGGAGAAUGUGAGCCUGUAGUCAUUAUUGCCAAAGGCCAAAAUGUACAAGGAACAUGCAAGUAUGGGACACGAGUCGACUACAUUCUGGCAUCUCCAGAGUCACCUUACGAAUUUGUUCCGGGCACGUAUUCAGUAGUUUCGUCCAAAGGUACUUCUGAUCACCAUAUAGUCAAAGUCGACUUAGUUAUAACAAAAGACCGGUCUAGUAGUGGUAGCUUCAAGGAUACUCGCAAGAAAGCAAAGCAGAAGCUCAUCAGGAUAAAAGCUAAUUUGAUGUCCGAAGAUACAUGUAAAUAAGGAAAAUUU